AUGAAGCGAAAGGCACCCAGCGGCGGGUUUGGGGGAGGUUCGGCAAGGAAGAAGGGCAAGAAGAAUUUCUAUGCGGUCAAAGUUGGGAGAACGCCCGGUAUCUACCAUACCUGGGACGAAUGUAGCGAACAGGUAAACAGAUUCCCAGGCGCAGUUUUUCAAGGAUUCGUAACGGCAGAAGAAGCUCGAGAAUAUAUGGGUGGCUCAGGGGCUCCAUCGGCCAGCGUCCCUACUGCCAGGACCCCUUCAGCCAGCGUCACUAACGCCAGCGGCUCUAUGAAAUAUUAUGCUGUCGCAGUUGGCAGCCAGCCGGGUAUCUAUAAUACAUGGGGAGAGACCAGUCGACGCAUUCAAGGCGUAAGUGGAGCAAAACAUAAGAUGUUUGAUACGCUAGGAGAGGCGGAGGACUACAUCAGACAAUUUGGAGCACCAGAGACAUGCCAGAGUCUUGGAAUAGCACCCGGCCCAGGACAACAAGCACGGCAGUCACAGCAAGAACCAAGGCAAACCCCGGCAGAACAAACUUGGGAACCAAGAUCAACAGCAUAUGAACCACAGCAAAAACAAUACCAAAGCGCAGCAGAAGCAAGGCCAGCAGCACGCCAAUUUCAACAAACACAAUAUGCAAGCGCAGCAGAGCAAGUCGAAGCAGAACGUGACGCGCGGAAAGCACAGCAUGAACAGAAAUUAAAGAAAGAACGACAGGCAGAGCAGGAUACGAUCAGGAUCUAUACCGAUGGCAGCAGUCUUGGAAAUGGACAGGCUGGCAGCCGUGCUGGCCUUGGUGUCUUCUUUGGCCACGACGAUGAGCGUAACCACGCCGAGAGACUCCCUGGUCUGCCUCAGACGAACCAGCGAGCUGAACUACUGGCUAUUCUUAGAGCAAUGGAGAUUGCACCUCUGACGCAGGGAAUAGAAAUCUGGACUGAUAGUCAGUACUCUAUCAAUUGUGUACAGGUAUGGUCUGUCAAUUGGGAGAGGAAUAAUUGGAUGACCUCUCAAAAGAAGCCUGUCGCGAACAAGGACAUCGUACGCGACAUACGAGCCAAGAUGAGAGAGAGACAAGCUGCCGGGGCAGUCACAAAGUUCCAAUGGGUUAAAGGGCAUGCAUCAGAUCCGGGCAACCACGAAGCUGAUCGCCUGGCCAACAUAGGAUCCCGAAUGCCGGAAGUCGCUUAA